AUGGCUGCCCUGCUGAAGCUGGCGCCGAGGAUUUUCGUGGAGCUGCCAGACCAGCCAUGGCUGCAACAUGUCUACGACCAUUUCGGCACUGCGAGGGUGUUCUUGCAAGCUGCGACAAAGCUCACGGGGAAGCAAUGGAACUUUGUCGGGCCUUUGGUGAUGUCGGAGUGGUACGGAAGGCGUGAGCUGUGGCUGCUGGAGGAGGAACUGGGCGAAAACCAAGCCAAGCUUAAUGGGUGUCUCUUGGUUGUUCCUUGCCGUCUGUUGUUCGAUGAAAACGUAGUGUUUUAUUUUGACGUUUGUCAUCUGAUGCCCUGCAAGACUUCAACCUCGACGCUGUGA